UCCGAAAAACAACAACAACAGAGGAAUUAGAGAGCGUGGACAGUGAAUCACUGACUUAUCAACGCGACAUUUCUGUAACAUCUUAUUGUGUCUGCGUCUUGAGAAUCAGCACAACUGUACUCAUGCAAACUGCAGGUUAAGAUGUCAUUAUGGGUGGCACUGCUGUCGGUGGAGUCAUUGGGGUGAGGUGUGGAGUUCCCGCUGUUUUGCUGUGUCUGGUAGCUCUGCUGUGUGCCAAUGUGCUGCUCUAUUUUUACCUGGAUGCCCUGUAUCAGGACUCGAACCCUCCUUCAGCACACGCACAGUGUCCUCCUCGCCACUUUAAAGUGGGCACCAUGAGCUCCUGCACCCCUUGGUUAAAGUGUCCGGAAAUCCGUUCUGGUGUUCGACGUGUGAAGCUCAUUGGACAAGGAGCUGUGAAGAAGGUUUAUCUGUCAGAGUGGCAAGGACAGAAGGUGGCGCUGUCUGUCCUGUCCUCAGAUCAGUACGCAGAUGACUUCCUCCAUGGACUGUCAAUGCUUCGUGCCUUGCAGAGCUCCCACGUGGUGACGCUGGUAGGUGUGUGUGAAGAGGAUGCUGUGUUUAUUACUGAAUACCACCCUCUUGGUUCAGUGUUAACGCUCGACACCACACUCGCGCAAGAACGCUAUCGCUGGCGAAACUCCUGGCACACUCGCCUACAGCUGGCAAUAGACUACGUGGCCUUUCUGGCAUACUUGCACAGCAGUCCGAUGGGGGUCCGAGUAAUGUGUGACUCCAACGACCUGCACAAAACCCUCAGCCAGUUCCUCCUCGCUUCCGACAUGCGUCUGUUGGCCAAUGACCUGGACGCCCUGCCUGAGGUGAAGAAGGGGGCAUUGGGAGUGAAAUGUGGGCAUCAUGAGCUCACUGGGGACUUCGUUGCUCCUGAGCAGUUGUGGCCUUAUGGUGAGGAUGUUCCCUUCUCAGAUGAAGCCAUGCCCGGGUACGACGAAAAGACGGACAUCUGGAAGAUUCCUGACGUGACACGCUUCCUGUUAGGGGACGUCUUGGGAAGUGAUGUCAUCCACUUCCACUUGUUUCAGACCUACAGCGAGUGCAAGAGGAAAGAGGUUCACAUGAGGCCCACGGCCCGCGAGGUCCUGAGUGUGUAUCGCUUUGUGUAUGACAGUAUGAUAGAGAGCCAGUCGCAGAGAGUUAGAGAUAUGCUGUAGAGAGAGGAAUCAUUAAAAGGCCAAAAGUGAAAAUUCAGUCGUCAUUUACUCCAAACAUGCUUGCGUUCUUGUGAUAUUUUGAGAAGUCAGUGGUCACUCACUGAUAAAAAAAACACACACACAUUUAGAGUCUCAAUGCAGUUACAUUGACUGUAAUUUAAGUUAUGAAAGCAAACGAUAUCCUUUUUUUUAAUAUUAAUUAUGACGUAGUUAAAGGAAGACUUUUUGGUAAAUAGGCUCAUUUUUCAAGUCACUCAGAGUUAAAUUGUUGAGUUUGAUAAUUUUUUAAUCCAUUCAUCUGAUCUCUGGGACUAACAAAUAGUCCAUUAUCCUUGAUUAUUACGCCAGAAUGAGAGUAUAGUUCCUAGCCAUGUCAAGCUGGAACAUAGCAGCUAUUUAUUUCCAUCAGUCUUGGUGCACAUUUUAACAACACAAGAGUCAAGUUUUACUAGGAAAAACUCUUUGGAAUUUUUUGAGCGAGAUGCUAAUGAUCUAAUCUGAUUCAAGGAUCUAUGCUAAGCUAAGCUAAAAGUUCUUCUGUCAGACCUGGAGAUUGUCUGAAUGGAUUUAAAGAGCCCCUAUAUACAUUAAAAAUGGUCAUAUUUAGUUUUUUUGGGUCUUCAACAACAGGCUGAUAUGUAUGCAAGGUCAAAAAAACACUUUCAUUGUCUUAUUUUAUGCAUUUAUUCUUAGCUAAUUAUCCCAGCGACUCCCAUAUGAUUCUUCAGCGAUUCAUUUGUUCCCAAACCGCUCCUUAGCGCGAUGCUUAUCUGGGCUGAUUGGUCUGAUGGUAAUCUGUUGCAAUUGGUCGACAGCGUUCAGCGCGAGACAGAGAGAAAUGCCCACCACGGCUUAUCAACAAUAUUGAAGCAGUCAGAGUGCAGAGUGUAUGUGUGAGCAUACCUGCCAACACUUCUGUUUUUUCCGGGAGUCUCCCGUCAUUUCAGACAGAUCUCCCGCCACCCUCCCGUUUUGUUAUUUAUCCCGGAAAACUGAUGAUGGCCAUAGCAACGACAAGCAACAUGGCUUUAGACGCGAUAUUAGAAUAUAAAGAUUUAACCAGAUACAAUACAAGCGGUUACAUGUAACAAAACACAAUUAAAUACAUCAUUUGCAAGCUAGAGGAAACGAGGCAACCAUUUUAAUCACACUUACUCACACUUGUGAAAUGGAGGAAGAAACUGGUACAUUAACUGUGUACUGUAAAGUUCCUGUCAAGCUCUGAUAAGUCCCACACAAUAGUCUUUCCUGAUCUUUCCUUUAACAAACAGCAGACGAAUCCCCCGUUGUAAGAGUGUAGAAUGCUGAAGCACUCGUCAGAAAAAUGACAGGAACAGCACAAGGCUGGGCUAUAAUGCUGAGGUAUUUUUGCAAAAAUAAACUUCAACCACUGACUCUUCACUGUUUCAUCUUUGGGUAGAGAAAAUAAUACUAACUUUCCCCUCACACUUCAGAGCUUAGCAUCUUCGCGACAUGAUUCAACCGGCGUCUGCUACAGUGUUCUUCUUCUUCCUUUUCUUUGCUACUGUGCUACUUUGGGGGGUUUAAAUUUUUCCAGGUUUGUACGUGCAACAAAUGGGCGGGGCUUAAGUUCCGUAUCCACGUCAUGCCAGCACGGCUAAAGACUCAUUAUCAAGAUGAUUCAUUUGAAGCGCGAUGAUUCGACUCUUUUCUAAAUGAAUCAAUAGUUUUAAACACGGGGCACUUUCGAUUUAAGCCUUAGCUGGAUAUUUCACUUCAGUUAGAGCUGUGUUACACACUACAUGGAAGGUCAUUUUCAAAAACCCAUCAUAGGGGCUCUUAAAAAAAAAAGAAAAGAAUAAACUCAACUGUUUAACUCCAGGGAAUGUAAAAUGAGCAUAUUUGCUACAAAAAGUUGUGUGGUUUACCCAAAAAGGGUUUAUUCAGCAUUAUUCAAAAUAUCUUCUUUUGUGUUUAACAGAAGAAAGAAACUCAUAAAGGUUUGAAAUAAGUAGAGGAAGAGUAAAUGAUGUCAACAUUUUCAUUUUUACUAUUAAUUUCACUAUUAAUUUAAGUUUUCGAGUUAAAUUUAAAAAGCCUUACAAAAAUACUUUAUUAUUUAAUAUAAAAUUAUAAUUUUUAACAACAAUUUAUUAAAAUAAUUAAAAAUUAUUACAAAGCAUUUUCAGUUUCCAGCCAAAUGCAUCCAAAAUUUUCUAUUUCAGCCCACAAGUUUCAUUUCGGUGGAUCCCUAAUCUUGCUAGAAGAGGCCAUUAUUGCAUUGCACAACUCAAAAACAAGAUAGCAAAAGAUCUAAUUAUUAUAAACAUGUUAAAUUAUAAACAUUUAUUACUAGAAAAAAAUCAUCAAACCAUUUUCCCCAAGUAUCAUUAUUAUUAUUAUUAUUAUUAUUAUUAACAAAAUUAUUGUUAAUAGACAUUAAAAAAAAUACGUAUUUAACGUGUUGAAGCAACUCAAUUCUUAAGUUUAUUGGGGGCAACUUGAUUGUUUUAUGUUCAACUCACAUUUGUAAAAACAAUCAAGUUAACCUAAUUGAUUUGUGUUGGGGCAAUGUAGGAAUUGUGUGGAACCCAGUAUUUUUUACAGUGCAGUAUAUAAACGUUUGCAAUGUGGCUGAGUAAGUUAUGACAGAAUGAUAAUUUUUGAGUGAACGAACCCUUUAAGUUACUGACACUAAUGCAAUGCAGUGGGUUUAGUUGUAGUUGUGUGUGGCACUGAGAACAAUAUGCAGCAAACAUGACAACAACGUCCAGCAGAGGAUGAGAUGCAGCAUCUCAGGGUUUUGGAUGAUCAGCUCCAUAUACUCACAGUAUGCUGAUUAAGCUGUUUUUCACAAGUACACCUCACAAAACAUCUCUUCGGUUGAUCAAAUAUAAAACUGAUGCAGUGACUGAUUAUGUGGAGUAAAGUGAUCUUGAUUUUAGCUUAACAAGAGAGCGAUUAUCAUUCAAAACUACUGAACUUUUGUCUAUUUUUGUUCUCUGUAUUUUCAAAGCUUUUAUUAAACAAUUUUCUCAAGA